UGGAGCUGCUCAGCCCGUCGCCAACUUCUGGGUUGCCUCUGGCGAGCUUCCGGCGUGGGUUUUACCGGACUGUUCAUAUGGAAAUGAAGACAUCCCGGCGAUCAUCGCCGGAGGAAGCUAACAAUAAUAAGGUGUACGUGGCAGUGGGGAAGAAAUCAUUCGAAAAGGCUGUUGUUUUGCUUCAGUGGGCUUGUAGGACCUUUGGGAACUCUGAGAUUUGUAUUCUUCAUGUUCAUCAACCUUCUUCUUGGAUUCCCACUCCCGUGGGAAGACUACCUGCCAGUAAAGCCAAUGUAGAAGUGGUAUCUGCAUUUAGAAAUGAGGAGAGGGAAGUGAUGAGGAAACGUCUAUAUAAUUACUUAAAUGUAUGCAGCCAAUUUAAGGUUAAAACGAGCACUAUUACAACUGAAGCUGGUGAAGUUCAAAAGGGGAUUGUGGAUUUAGUAAAAGAGCAUAACAUUAGGAAGCUUGUGAUUGGAGCUAUUCCUGAUAGCAUGAAGGCGAAAAAGAGGUCUCGAAAAGCAAGUUAUGUUGCCAGAAAUGCUCCGCUGUUCAGCGAGAUACUGUUUGUGUACAAAGGGAAACUGGUUUUCACCCGAAAGAGUUGCCAAUUUCCAAAAUCUGCUGCAGAAGCUCAAUCUCAAUUCUCCUGCAACAAUGAGGCUGUUUUCGUUCCAAAAUCCCCGGGGUCAACCUCUGUUAAUCACCGGAAGAGUCAUGGGCGAGGUGAAGGAGCGUACUUAAAUGGGGCCAUUGAUGAGUUCACAAAAGAUUCAAGCGAGUUAGUGGAGUUUUCAUUUUCGGAUUUGCAGAUAGCCACUUGCAACUUUUCAGAGAGCUUCAAGAUUGGGGAGAGUGGAUAUGGUGCUGUCUAUAAAGGGGAAUUGUUAGAUAGGACUGUUGUGAUAAAGAAACUGCAUACACAUAAUCUGCAAUGGCAAUCCGAGUUUCUCCAACAGGUUGAAGUUCUUGGCAAACUACAUCACCACCAUCUGGUAACUUUACUAGGCAUAUGUCCUGAAUCCUGGUCCCUUAUUUCUGAGUAUUUACCCGGUGGGAACCUCCACGACCGCCUUUUCCCUAGGACUAAUAUUCGUCGCUUCUUAAGUUGGAAAACGAGAACCAAAAUUGUUGCAGACAUUGCUAAAGGACUGCUGUUUCUGCACUCUGAAAAGAUUGUGCAUGGCAAUUUGAAGCCUGAAAAUAUUCUUAUUGGUCCUGACAACACCUGCAAGAUUUGUGAUUUCGGGAUUUAUAGGCUGGUUAUGCCACAGACCCUGCGUUGCCCAAGUUUUGCCCGUCUUACUGAACCAAAGGGUGUUUUUAGCUAUACAGAUCCAGAGUUUCUUGCGACGGGGAAUCUGACACCCAAGUCAGACAUUUAUUCCUUUGGAUUGGUCAUACUUGAGAUUCUCACCCGAAGAGCCUUGCCAGGACUAUCAAGUGAAGUACAUAGAGCACUCGUGUCUGGAAAUUUGGAAUCCGUUUUGGAUUCAUCUGCUGGAGAAUGGCCUGCAUUUGUAGCUAGGAAGUUGGCACACCUUGGGAUAAAUUGCUGUGAACUAAACAGCAGAGAUAGGCCUGAACUAACCCCGAGUAUUGUAAACGAGCUCGAGAGCUUUAAUUAG